AUGUCAUUAUCACUCUGUUUAGUAUUUUUUGUUCUUCUAUCAAAUUCAGUGUGGACAGUUAGAUCAGAAGAUGCCAUUCUCAAGGCAUACCCUGAGGUGUUGGCUGUCAGUAAUGAUCUUGUCACCAUAACAUGGAACGGUGUCGAUACUCCAACUAUCUACGACACCAUUGCCAUCUACUAUCCACCUUCAUCAGAUGUAACAUUACCAAUUGGUUUCAUUCCACUAUCAACAUCAAGUACUUAUAAACAAGGAUAUGGUACAGUUUCAAUUCCACUUGUAAAUGUUAGAGAUACUUAUAUUUUCAGAUUAUGGCUAAAGAGCACUGAAGCCUCGACUGGUCCAGCCAUGCCAUCACCACUAAGUGGAAAUGUUAACAUUACAUUGGUUGCCAACUCAAACAAUGUCACUUUUGAAAAUCCAAAUGCACCAGAAAAACCAUACUUGGCAUUCACAAAUUCCACAACCGAAAUGAGAUUGAAAUGGAUUAGUGGUUGUUCUGAUGUUCCAAUUGUAAACUAUGGACUUUCAUCAAAUAAUUUAAAUAUGGUUGCAAAAGGAACAGUUGGAACUUAUUCUAUGAAUCAAAUGUGUAAUGGACCAGCAAACGAUCCAAACUAUUUCAGAGAUCCAGGAUUCAUCCAAGAUGUUGUUAUGGUAGGAUUGACAGAGUCCACUCAAUAUUUCUACAAUUUUGGAAGUGAACAAAGUGGAUUCAGUGAUAUCUAUAGCUUUGUAUCUGCACCAAAGCCAUCGACUGAGGCAUUCAUUGUUGCUUUUGGUGAUCUUGGAAUGCAACCACCAUUCGAAUGCAACUGCGAGAUGAUGCCACCUGCCUACCUCACCGUUAAGAACAUUGAAACAACCAUCUCACAACCAUGGUCACAAAACUCUUUUGUCAAAAAACUUGGAUUGAAAUCAUCAAAUAGUCAAGUCGAUACGCCACCCGCAUGGAGUGUUCUACACAUUGGUGAUAUUUCAUAUGCUCGUGGUUUGGCAUUUAUUUGGGACUGGUAUCAAGAAUCCAUUAAAAAUAUUGCAAGUCGUGCACCAUAUAUGGUUUCUAUUGGAAAUCAUGAAUAUGAUUAUACAAAACAACCAUUCUAUCCAUCAUGGAGUGACUAUGGAGGUGACAGUGGUGGUGAAUGUGGUGUUCCAUUCAACAAUCGUUAUCAUAUGACUGGAUAUGGCGAAGCUACUAAUCUUUGGUACUCUUAUGAAAUGAGUGGUGAGCAUGACUUUUUGAUUGGUUCAGAACAAUACCUUUGGUUGGAGCAAGAUCUUAAAUCGGUUGAUCGUUCAAGAACUCCAUGGGUUAUUUUAAGCGGACAUCGUCCAAUGUACUGCAGCCAAUCUGGUGAAGCUGAAAUGUUUGCUCAUUUACGUGAUAAUUUGGAGCCACUAUUAAUUGAAAACGAUGUAAAUCUAUGUUUCUGGGCACAUGAACAUGUUUAUGAAAGAAUGUGUGCACUUAUCAAUGGAACUUGUCAAGAGAGUGAUAAUGAUGCUCCAGUUCAUAUUGUUAUUGGUAUGGCAGGUAAUACAGACCAAUCUGCUUGGGAUUCUACUUCACCAAAUCAUGAACCACAACCUGACUAUUCCAUGUUUAGAGCUAUCAACUAUGGAUAUACAAGAUUCUAUGCAAAUAUGACCGAUUUAUAUUUCGAAUAUGUUGGAAAUCAAAGAAAUCAAGUACAUGAUAAUCUUUGGCUACACAGUAAAUAUUCAAACUAA